UGACGUCACUUCUCCUCCGGAAGCACCGGGCGAAGCGGCUGGACUUUACUUUUCAUGAUUGAAGCUCGUCUGUGUCUUUAAAAGCUCACAGAGCGGGUUUCAGAGCCUGUGUUUAGUCCAGAUGCGCUCAUGGCUCUUUAGGUCCAAGCAUUUCUGAGCUAAAGUCGCGUUUUUAAAGGUUUGACGCGGAUUUCCGGUGAUUUUGCGGCGAAUUCGCGGCGGAGACUCGAAUCUUCUAAGUUUGUGCCAACGCCCGGAGCCAGAAAAACACCCCGGGAAAGACAGAACAAUCCGGACAGAUGCAGACCAUAAAGUGCGUGGUCGUGGGCGAUGGAGCCGUGGGAAAAACCUGUCUCCUCAUUUCAUACACGACCAACAAGUUCCCCUCUGAAUAUGUCCCCACUGUGUUUGAUAACUACGCCGUCACUGUGAUGAUCGGAGGUGAACCCUACACUUUGGGUUUGUUCGAUACAGCAGGUCAGGAAGAUUAUGACAGAUUACGACCCCUAAGCUACCCCCAGACUGAUGUGUUUUUAGUCUGUUUUUCUGUCGUGUCCCCGUCGUCUUUUGAAAAUGUGAAAGAGAAGUGGGUUCCAGAAAUUACCCACCACUGUCCCAAGACCCCAUUCCUCUUGGUGGGCACUCAGAUUGACCUGCGCGACGACCCUUCCACAGUGGAGAAACUCGCCAAGAACAAGCAGAAGCCCAUCACCCCAGAGAUGGCGGAAAAACUGGCCCGGGACCUCAAAGCUGUCAAAUAUGUAGAGUGCUCAGCCUUAACGCAGAAAGGGUUAAAGAAUGUGUUUGAUGAGGCCAUACUGGCUGCACUGGAGCCACCUGAACCUAAGAAAAAACGUAAAUGUGUGCUACUCUAAAGACUCCACUUUGGCCAUAUUUCGGUUUAUACCGAUUUGCACAUUCCAUGAAGAUAUUAUGCAUGCUCUGACAACUACAGAAACACUUAGAGUUGGAAAGUAAUUUUUAAUAUUGUGUUGUGCCUUUAAUAAUCUUAACCAAUUUAAACGUUCCAGAUCACAUGACACUGUCCUUUAAGUGCUAUAAAAACAAACAUAACCAGUACUAUUAAGAGUGUAAAUGACUGAACACACUAAAGUCUCUAAUGCCGCACGAGGACACGUUUGUGAGAAAAUCAACAUAUUUCAUUUGUUUUGGUUUACAUCAAAUGUUUUAUACUUUUAUUAGUUUGUAAAUACCCAAAUAACUGCUAACUUAUUAGUGAUCAGGAUCAAAAUGAAUUAUUGGCUCGAGUUCCACAUUGUAAUGUUGUUAAUCAAUAUAAUUAUGUAAUAAACUGUUUGAAACUAUGA